AUGCAACAAGCAUUUUCUAAACUCAAGUUAAAAAGCAAAGCACAUGAUGUGCCCCAAGCUGAACCGGCUUUGACUGCUGGUAAGCCACCAUCUACAAAACAAAUUUAUCAAUCGAGAUUAAACUAUGGUGUCAAUUUCGGUUCGAGUUUUGUUUUGGAGAAAUGGAUCUUUCAUGACUUGUUUUCCGAAACUAAAGGCGAUACUGAACUUGACGCUGUGUCAUCCUUGGUGGAUAAGUUUGGUGUUGACGAAACAAGAACAAAAUUUGAAAACCACUGGAAUAAUUAUGCUACUGCUGAUGAUUGGAAGUGGCUUGCACAGAAUGGAGUCAAUUCUAUCAGAUUGCCAAUUGGAUAUUGGGAUGUUGAUGGCGGUAGCUUUACUUCCGGGUUCAAAUUUGAAAAGUACAAAGCUGUAUAUGCUAAUGCCUGGAAAAUCAUCAAAAAGAAUUACAUUGAAGCCGCAUUGCAACAUAAAAUAUCAGUGAUUGUUGAUGUCCAUGGUCUUCCAGGUGGUGCCAACAAGUCUGGUCAUUCUGGAGAGAGUGGUGGUUCUGGAAGUUUUUGGAAGGAUGACAAGGCGCAAAUAUCGAUGGCCAAAUUAGCAGGCUGGAUUGCAAAUGAUUUGAAAAAAUAUGAAAACAUUGCAGGAAUUCAAGUAGUCAAUGAAGCUGAUUUCGCAGACCCUGCUAAGCACCAAGCCACCUACUAUGCUGCAUGUGUCACCGAGGUGCGCAAGAGUGAUAAACUGGUUCCAGUCAUCAUUUCAGAUGGAUGGUGGCCAGACCAAUGGGUGAAAUGGGUUCAAGACGAACAAGGAGAUGAUGGUUACAUUGGUGUGGUUGUGGAUGACCAUGUGUACCGAUGCUUUUCUGACUCCGAUAAGGGUAAGUCACCCCAGCAGCUUACAGACGAUCUCAAUGGUGACGUUUUGACAAACUUGACCGAUAAUGGAAACGGUGUUGAUUUCAUUGUUGGUGAAUGGUCCUGUGUGAUUGAUCAAAAGAGUUGGGAUAAAGUAGGUGACGCAAAUAGGGAUGAAUUGGUGAAGAAAUAUGGUCAAGCAGAAAGUCAAAUAUUUACACAAAGAAGUAGUGGAUAUUAUUUCUGGACAUACAAGUUUCAAUCAGGAAAUGGCGGUGAAUGGGAUUUCAAAACCAUGACUGAAAAGGGUGCACUCCAGCCAUUCGCCAAACCUUCAAAUAAGCCUUCGGAUGACCAGCUCCAACAAGCUGCCAAUAAUGCAGCCAAUGCGCACGCCGACUACUGGAAGCAACAAGAUUCUAAAGGUUCAUACAAACCAGAUCUUUAUAAGGAUGGUUUUACCACUGCUUGGAAAGAUGCCGAUGCGUUUGCUCAAUUUGAUGGAUCUAGAAUAGGAAGAAAAGAGGCGUUGAAGCGUGCAAGAUUGCAGGAGCACAUCUCGUCAAAGGGAUCACUGAAGAAUGAUUGGGAGUGGAACCAGGGCUACGAUGAAGGAAUCAAGCAAUUUUAUGAAGCAUCCACAUAA